ACCCAUAAUUUAUUUUUGUAAAAAGUUAUUUAGGAAAAACUACAACAAACGUUGUUUUUUAGCGUACCAUGAACUGGGCUGCGGGCUCCGCGUAAUCCGAAGUUCGCCGGAAACCGCGCAACAAGAUGAAUCUGCGGCCGCGAUGCCGCAAGUGGCUGCCACUGGCCACCCAGCAACUGCGACUGCGGAACCUGGCGCGAAUUCAGGGAUUCAAUAUAGUCUCCGGGCCGCUGGACAAGUCACCAAAGCAGGCGGAUCCCGAGGAUGUGCUCCUCUACUACACGCUGCACACGGAAAGGGACAGCGAGGCGUUCUACACCAGCGAAAAGCUGCCGCAGCGGCACCAGCAGCAAAAGUGGGCGGAGAUCUGCACGGAUGACGAGGCCUGGCGGAAAACCAAUGCGCAGUGUGUGUGCGUCAAGGUGUGGAAGCAUUUUCCGGCUGAGACUGACCACAGGACUAAGGAGAUGUGCGGAAGGUCCCAGCUUACGCCCAGUCGGUUGCCACGCCCACCGGAACUGCUCUUCAGCUGGGGCGUCUACUUCUCCGGCCUCAUACCCCUCUCACCCCUCACCCUGUCGCAGUGUGGACCGAAUUGCUUGGUUUUCCAGUUGAAUGGCGAGCAGUUUGCCUGCCCGUCGACGAUAAGCGAGCAGGGUUUGCAGUCGCAGCUUCACUUGCACUACCAGAACUACGCGGCGGAUGAGCAGCUGGCGGAGCCGCAGGAUGAGGGCAUCAACUCGCCCGCCGUCAGCCGCAGUUCAAGUCCCGUGCUACGGAUGAGCACGAUGCGUUACGCCCAGCUGAAGUGCCAACAGCAGGAGAUUCGGCGCAGCAACAACCUGGACAAACUGCUGAUGCUGCAACGUCUGCAGCGUUUGCAUCAGCAGAAGAUGCGGCAAAUGGCCGAGGUGUGCCGCGAGAUCGCCCGUCUAAGUGUGCACUGUGUGACCCGGAACGAGCUGCGCCUUAAGCCUCGCACCACAUCGCUGUCCGGCGAUCACUCGGCCCAUCAUCACCAUUCCAUGGGCCGCGCCCUCAGCGUCUUGCUGGCCGAGCAGCAGCAGAUCGCUCCCCUUACGCUUUACAAUGCCCAGCAGCUAACCAGAAGGAUCGAGGCGCUGGGCAGCCAGCAGAGACUGCUGAAAGCGGAGCGGGAAACGUUUCGCCAGCGCAACGAGCGGGCACGUCAGCGGCUGGAAGAGAUGCGAGAACAGCGCGAGGCACUGCAGCAGCAGCUGUACAGCCAGCGGCAUCGACUGGAGCAGGAACGCCUAGAGCUGCGCACCCUGUCACCGCAGCACCUGGAACAGCGUGAUCAAAAAAGACAAAUAGUUCGACAGGUGGAGCGGAGAAUGUCCACCCUUGUUUUAGAGCUGCAGGAGAUCUACAACAUCCAGAACGCGGGCGGACAGCAGUUCAGCAUCUGUGGCAUUGCCUUUCCCCACAUGGAGGAAUACACGAGCGACUCUCGCCAGGCGGCCAAUGCAGCGCUCCUGGAGAACGUCUCGCCGCUGGCGGUGAGUGCGGCCCUGGGCUACGUUGCCCACCUGGUGCAGAUGCUAGCCAUCAUCAUGGAUCGACCACUGAGGAACCGCAUUUUGUACGAGCCGUCGAGAGCAAGGAUUGUGGACGAUAUCAAGGAGUUGACCUACACCACCAGGGAAUUCCCCCUGUACACACGCUCCAUUUUGCCGUCGCAGCAAACCAAGUAUGCCAUCUACCUGCUGCGCCAAAACGUCUCCCAGCUGUGCUUCGACAUCACCGGUCACUGCGAUCUGCGAAACACCUUUGGCAAUCUGCUGGAGCUCUUCAAAACACUUCGCUACAUCGAACGCUCGCAAAGGGAUGAGGUGGACGAGCGGGAUGGCCGGGAAGGCGGAGCAAGCAAUACCGGAGAAGCACGCUUGGCGAAUGGCUUGACGGCGCCGCACCUUUCGCAGUCGCACUCGUCGGUGGACAUGAACCACGUGCCACUGCCCACAAGCGUCAAUGCGGUCAAGGAUGCACUGCUCCAGCAGCUGCUGCCGCCGGGAGUGAGUCAAGCCCUGGCCAUCGAGGGUUAUGCGUCAACACAACGCAUCUGUCGUUCGGUGGGCUCAUAUUCGGAUGGCGAGGACGAAUUUCGACCGCGAUUGGAGCACAACUAUUCCAACUCGGACUCCAACAUAACGCUGCAGACGGAGCGUAGCUGAGCAUGUGCAGCCACAUCCGAUAUUCGUGUAUUAUAGCAAGCGAUUAUAUAGAAAUUUCCAUGAACACGGCAGCUGACGUAGCGGCUCCUCCUCAGUGGUAAAUUUUGGAUUGGACGCGUAUUAGUUGAAAAUCAUUUGUAUACUUUUAAAUUAUAAAAAAUCAAUAGUAGGUGUAUGCAGAACGCGGACCUUUGCGGGCAUAUUAUCUUUAGUUGUUUAAGAUCUCUGUGUAAAUUCCCGUUUAUUGUUUGUUUGCUAAUGUAAGCUACGAAUAAACAUAUAAUAUUUUAUACA